CCAAAAAAAAAAAAAGAUGUGUUUACGGUCCGCCGCCCGACCCUAAUUUUUUCUGCCGACCCUACCGUUUUUUUCCGGAAAAUCCGGCAUCUUUUGCUUAUUAGUUAGAACGAUCUUUAUCAAUAAGGCCCUUGAACAAAUCCCGAAUCAAAAGCUGCUUUAUGUAAACGCUUUAGUGACCCAGACUUGUUGUACUAAACAACAUGGCGGGCGAUAACAGUGUGUUGGCAUUAGAUUUUUUGAAAUGUCAACACUCAGAGGAGAAAAAAAUGAUAAUCCCGCUCCGUAAUGCUACGACAUUCUUAGAGGUGUUCGAUCGCUUCCACGGGGACACGGCGGGGAAGUCUUCCUCCUUCCAAGUGAAAACAAAAACGGACUCUGGGCAAGGACACGAUGUCCUGUCGUCUUUAACUGUUGGCGAGAUUGUGCAUCUGUUUAAUGUAAGACACUUUGUUUUUACGUGCACUUGCGAGCUUGAAACAAAGGCUCAGCAACUUUCUGAAAUCAACGUCCACGCCAAGGUGGCGACCAAGAAAGCCGUGAAUGCAUUCGAGCUAAUGAUGGCAGGCGGGAGGUCUUUCCCCUCGAAGAAAAAAAGCAGCUCUGGAAUGAAAGCAGGUUUGAGCAGAAAAGAUGAGCUCUAUAACAAAUUGAUAGACAAGUUUACGUCGGAAGGAUUGGAUUUCCCCAAAUCUACAGCAAGCACUGAUGGUUCAUAUUUUGUCCAGAUUAAACAUGGAGCUUGUCAUGUGCAAUGCUCUCUGGUAUACCACAAACCAUCAUGCAACUAUUGACGACGCAGCAAAACAUAAAGCUGAGGUACAUUCCUUCCCUCAAGCAUUCAGCGCAUUUGACGGGUUCAAUGAUAUUAAGAGGAAGAAACACAAGUCAUUACCAAUGACUUCUUCAGAGCUCGCUAGUCACUCUGAGGCACUGUAUUCCUUACUGAUGAAGCCAGUGAUAAACAGUUCUGCAACAUGGAAAACAGCUGGAACUCAGAUUAGCGAACUUGCAGACUGUCUAUCUGCCUACAGUAAUUAUCUGAAAAAUCAGACCAAGGUUAUGUUGGAACAUCAUGCCAAUGACCAUCCUGCUCGGACAAUUGACAAAGAUGCCACAGUGGAACACAGGCAUAAGUGUUCUUUUGGUGUGAAGCCUAUGUACGUGAUCCUGGAUGAGGCUAUGAAAGCUGCAGGAGAAAACACACCUGUUUUUUUUGAUGAACAUCACCAUGUUGAAAACCUUUUCCCUUCCAAUCAACAUAGGGCUAGAUUUUUGAAGGAUCUACAACUGUCUAUGCCAGUUGACAUGGUGCGUUUUAGUCCUGGUGGAUCUUCUCUGUCCAUUGUCUGUCUGAUGGCAGUGCAAGCAUCGAGGUCACUACCAGAAAUGCUUACCCAAACAGCAAGGUUUCUGCAAACGGCUCGACCAAGAUUGAAGGAAUUCCAUACUAGGGCACAGCGACGUCAU